AAUUAUGUUGUAGAUUGAAGAGGAAUAAGAAGAAGAAGAGCAUCGACCAUGGCGAUGCAUGCGCUCAUGACUCGUGGAGCAGUUUGUGCGGCUCCAAGCUCAUCUUCUUCCGCCAAUCCUUUCGAUGCUCUAGGCAACGCUCUUAUCGGUUUUUCUUCCAAGACUUAGCUUUUGUUUGACUCAUGAGCAGGACGCCCACAGCUUCUGAGCCGUAAUUUUAUCCAGACACUCAUGGCCACAUGCUGCACCAGAUAUGAGAGAAGGCUCACAAGCAUGAGCUUAAGAAGAACGAAGAGACCAUUUCAAGGUCAGCCGAAAUUCGAAAUCGUAUGCUGGCUGAUCCUUCCUUUCUUUUUAAAGUUGGGACAGAGAUAGUCAUAGAUUCUUGUUAUGCAACAUUUGUAGAAGUUCAGAAAAGGGGAAAGGAUUUAUGGGCUGAGUUUGAGUUGUACGCUGCUGAUCUAUUGGGGCGAUCUGUCAUAUCAGUGGAUGAUACAUUGAAAAUCAUAGCCUACAGGGAACAACAUAAGAAAUUAUCAGCUCUUGAGAUGGAGUUGGCUGCAGCUAGACAGGAGGGUUUUACUUCAAUGCGCUUCAUAGAGAUUAAUGGAACUGAUUAUAAGAGAAGGCCACUAGUGGUGAUUGGAAUUUUUACAACCUUUGGUCGCAAAAACAAUAGAGACGCAAUUCGUAAGGCGUGGAUGGGAACAGGUGCUGCCUUACAAAAAAUGGAGAAUGAAAAGGGAAUAAUCACACGAGGAUUGUUUGGCACCCAAUGCUCAAAUUGGAAAGCCAUCAGUAUCACGAGGAUUAUUUGGAAGUUAACAACUACAUCAUUUCAUUUGCAUAAUAGAGGUAUCUUGUUAUUACUAGUAUUCUUCGUUGCUGGGGCUGGCAGGACAAUGUUGAUCAGUGAUGCUGGGAAAGUUUAUGACAUAGUAUUAACAGUGUACUUCUAUGAAACGGUAUUAACAGUGUACUUCUAUGGAACAGUAUUAACAGUAUACUUCUAUGGAACGGUAUUAAUAGUAUAAACAAUGUACUUAUAUGAAACGGUAUUAACAGUGUACUUCUAUGGAACGGUAUUAACAAUGUUACUUCUAUGGAAUGGUAUUAACACUGUACUUUUAUGACAUGGUAUUAACAAUGUACUUCGGGCUUGCUGGGCUUGUUUUGGGUUUUUUUUGAGUUUUUUUGUAUUGGGCUUGUUUUAAGUUAAUCAAUGGCAGAGAUGUAAUUUAUAGUAA